AUGACCCUGCUUUGGGGAAACUUCACCGGAGCGAAAGACUCAUUCGAUAGGGAGAUGGCAGUACACGGUCACCUAGAAGAGGCGGCUAUCGUAGCUGCUAGAACUGAUGGCUUUGAAGCCAUGGCGGAUUCUUUCAAUAAAGGUCUCUCAAAAUCCAUUCUCGGGAGGUCAAGCUUUGGAACGACACGAUUCGACUACAUGGAUCACGUAGAUGCUGUUGUCUACCUUGGUUUGGAAGAGAUUCAAGGAAGUGAAUUUGAGCUCGCCAUAGUCUCUGAUAAAGCAAAGGCCCACGAGUUUGAGAAAGAUGAUAAUGGUGAUCCUGUUCGAAACGAAGACGGUUCAAUCAGAUGGAGCUACCCAGAUGCACAUCGUCUCCGAACCAACAUCAUUUGGCCCGUACUCAAUCAAUGGUCCAAACUUCCUAAAGACCCCGAAGCCUGGAAGACUCUCUGCAAUACUACUCCUCCCGAAGUUGUACCUACUCCCACCAAACAGACCCACGAGCGUUAUAUGCCAUGGAUCCAUCAGAUCACCGCAGUCGCCAACAUAGUCGCUCGCGGGUUUUGUCAAAACGAUUGGUCAGGUGAGAACUUCGCCACCCUUCUCUGCGAUGAGCCCGGUCUUGGGAAAACAUGGGUACCUUUUCUCUUUGCGACUCUCAUGAGGUACUACCGAGAGAGAAUGGCGAGGGAUCCGAACUUCAAUCCACCCGUGAUGAAUCCUUGGAAGGAGGACUUCGUUCUGCCUCAAAAGAAUAUUUCAAUGCCUCACGGUCCCCCUCCCCCUCCUUCCUUCAUAGCCGAUCGCCGUCUGAGACUGUCAUCGUCUGACAAAGGUGGCAUACACAUCCUCUUAUCGGACAAUAAGUUCAGCUCCGUACAUUUACUAGAAGCCAAGAAACUGGUCGUUGAGGGCGCUACCGUCGUCUGCGACUAUAGCCGCGUCCCGAGUAGUAGUAUGUCUCUCCGAGCGGAAUUUUGGACUAUGAUCAAUGAACACCUCGCCCUAGAAAGAGACAUCUUCAUAAUCUGCUCUCACGCCAUGUUACACCACGAUGCUCAACUGGCUCCAAAACCCAGGUCGGCGUUUUCCUCAACAGAUGCUCCAUGUACGCUCUUCACUCCAAGUCGUCCAUACCAUACACUUUUCGCCGAUAACCUUGCCGAUCUGAGGGAUCCCGAGACUGGCACCUCAUUCGCCCUUCGACGAUUGGUAGAAAUGAGUGGUUGUGUGAUUGGGGCCACCGCGACCCCGAUAUACACCUCGGCCGCAGAUCUCAUCUCUUUGUCUCGACUGCUUGGUGUGGAGAACAUAGUCCCUCGACCGACCAAGAACUGGCUUUUAUCCAUCACAACAACUAGACGAGCAGGGGAUCUACCUAACACUCCAUUCAUCGUUGGGGGGAAGUUCGAUGGGACUGGUCUUACCCCCAGUUCAGCCGAAUUACUCAAAGUGACGGAGGUCGUGGAAGCUGAGGCUCGUCGUGCUUUCUGGGCCGAAGCCAAUAAGGACAAGCAACGUGGCAAAGCCAACAUCAAAGAUGAUCAGAUUCGGAAGAUGGAACAGACGCUGCUAUGGGAACGUAGCGAUCUCAAUAACGGUAUCGCUGUCGAUGGAAGCUGGGCUGAAGUCAGAGGUCACUUGAUCAAGCGCGUCAUCGAUCCUAUACAAGACUUACUCUCGCCCAUAUUCAUCCGUCGAGAUUCGCUAUCGAAAGGACCAGAUGGUCUCCCCCUCACAAGUAUCAAGCACAUCGACCCUGUUCCUGUUUACGUCGACCUUUCCAGAGAAGAACGCAAAGCAUAUGAAGUCUUCGACAAAAGCCUGGAUCCCUGUGAUAAACUUAAUUGGGCGACAUUGACAAGAUUCAUACGCAAACCUCACGGAACACGGUUUGGGUGGCAUUCGCCAUACGCUCCUAUCCCCAAGAUCAUCGAGAAGAUGUGUAGCAUGAUACGAAAGAUGAUGAAGGACGAUUACCAUAAAUCAAACCACUUGAAACGCAAAAUUAUCGUUCAGACUCUGUGGACAGACCUGAUUCCUUUCCUCCAGCUUAAUAUGUGUAAAUAUGGGAUCGAAACUCGCACCCUCACCGGGGAAAUCGCUCAGACCGCUCAGAGGGCGAAAAUCAUUCGAGAAUUUCAGAGGGACGAUAACUGCGAAGGUGAACCUAACGCGAUGAAACUACCAUGCAGCACGCUUAUCGUAUCGGACUUUGAUUCUCCUGGCAUCGUACUCGAUCGCGCAUCCGAGGUAUUCCUACUGGACCCGUUAUGGUCCUGUGCGGAUGCAAGACGAAUCAUCAGUCGGGUGGGGGGAAACGAGGCAGAAAACGACCUGGCGGUCUUGGCGAAGUAG